AUGGACAUAAAGAAGAGUUCUCGAAAUUAUGGCAAAAAUCGGACUGUCAUAGAACUCAGAAUGCACCAAGCGGAAUUCCUGGUGCCUCCUCAAGAGAGGCACUAUGGAUAUAGUGUUAUUCUCUGUACAGUAAUUGAUAAGUGCGAGACAUGGCUCUUCUGUGACAGUAAAGAAGUGGUGCCUGUCGCAGAGGGAUUAGACUGGGAAGACAAGGAUGCCCCAGGAACACUGGUGGGCAAUGUGGUGCACUCGCGGAUCAUCAGCCCCCUGCGCCUCUUUGUUAAGCAGUCUCCAGUGCCAAAACCUGGUCCCAUGACGUAUGCAGACAACAUGGAAAACUUUUGGGAUUGGCUGGCUAACAUCACAGAGGUUCAAGAGCCACUGGCCAGAACUAAAAGGAGGCCAAUAGUGAAAACAGGAAAAUUUAAGAAAAUGUUUGGAUGGGGUGACUUCCAUUCCAACAUUAAAACUGUCAAACUGAACCUCCUUAUCACAGGGAAAAUUGUCGACCAUGGGAAUGGAACCUUCAGUGUUUACUUCCGACAUAACUCCACAGGCCUAGGCAAUGUCUCAGUGAGCUUGGUACCCCCGUCCAAAGUGGUGGAAUUUGAAGUUUCCCCUCAGUCCACCUUGGAGACCAAGGAAUCUAAGUCUUUCAAUUGUCGCAUUGAAUAUGAAAAAACAGAUCGGGCAAAGAAGACAGCCCUGUGCAACUUCGACCCUUCCAAGAUCUGCUACCAGGAGCAGACUCAGAGCCACGUGUCUUGGCUGUGUUCCAAGCCCUUCAAGGUCAUUUGCAUUUACAUUGCCUUCUACAGUGUUGAUUACAAACUCGUGCAGAAAGUCUGUCCUGACUACAAUUAUCAUAGCGAGACCCCAUACUUGUCUUCUGGCUGAAUCUUUGCACAGUGAUGGAAAUGACAGAGACGCAGGU